UUCCAGGACUACAACGACGACAUCCGGCAAGAGCAAAUGUGGGAGAUGCAAGUGUUGUCGAGUCAAAGGAACAGCAAGACGGACGAUGCGAAUGGGGGAGGGACACACGCUGAGGGCGGCGAAGACAGGCUGAGCGGUGGGGAGACGGGAGAUCAACAGCCGAAUAACGCCACCGCCGAAUCCCAAAGCCCUCGAGAUGAUGAAGAACAUCCUGCCAUGAGAGGGAUACAGACAGGUACUUCCCCUCCAACUUCCGACGUUCUUACUCCAGCCAACGGUAGCCAAGCUUCGCCAACAUCGGAUAACGGGGGAGGACCGUUGUGUCCAGCAGCAGCUCUCGGUACCCGAAAGAGACCCCUUUUGGCCGGAGGUCCCAGAACGUCGAUGACUCCGACCAAACGGACCGUGAUGAGUCUGUUAGCCAGAGCGAGAGCAGCUCAAGCUAAACAGUUGCCGGUAGCCGCGGCUGCUGCGUUUUCCAGAGGAGCCGCAGCUUUCGACGAACGGACGCCAACGUUGGUACCGCUCCUGAGAGAAGAUUAUAUGAGUGCAGUUAAUCUGAAUUUGAUCUAAGAUGCCAAUCUGUAGAACAACAUAAUUUCAUCAGCUCAAAUAUAGUGAUUUGGCAUUGUUUAUUCACCUUAAAUGUCAUCGUUGAAGAGUAAAUUCAAUUAUACUUUUAGGCAAAUCUUUUUACCUUUUUUUUUCUAAUAAGCCAGUAUCAUAACGAUUGAAGAAAACUGUUUAAAUCGAUGAGAGCUAUAUAAUAGAGCACAUUAAUGAAUUUACGGUACAGGGUGAUUUGAAAAUAGUAUGACGGGCCCAUUGAUAUUGAAAUUUACUCCAGGGUACUAUAAUUUAAAUCGCCUUGUACACUUAUGAAAAUCUCACUACUUUAUCAAUUAUUAAACAAUUAUGCACGGACCAAAGAAAUAUUUGAUAAAUAUUAGUGAAAGUUUGUUAUAAUCGUUUUUUCAUUCGGAUCAAAGUUUUGGAUAGUUACUCUCAUUUUUAUCACAACGAAAUAUAUUUUAAUCGUUUUUUCAUUGAAACCAUUCUGUGACAAGGGCGGUUCAAAAAUGUUCUUGCAUUUUUGUAUCAUCCUGUGACGGUAUAUAUCAUAAUUUAACUUAGUAGAAAAACUUCGUUCAGAGCUUUUGUUGGAAUCUAUUUAGAUUAGAAAUAAGACAUUUUAGAUGGAAAUUACAUUUGUUAUAAGUAUAUACAGGGUGUUGCACCACGAUAACCAAAAGAAUACCAUGUAUGACAGUUUCUCUUUUCAUGAUAGAGAUGUGAAGUUUCUUAAAAUUUCUAAAUUUUUGGACUACUUUCUCGCGCAAUAAUUUUUGCGAACACCCUGUAUGAAAAUUGUAGUAUCAAAAUAUAUUAGAAAAAUUUUAUUAUGAAUAGUUACUAGUUAUAUUGUAAUCCAGUGGCUUUCAUCAAUUAUAUGUUUUCUUUUCAUGGUUUGUAUGGUCACUGUAACUUUAAAUGAAUUUAUCUAUUUAAAUUGUAAAGUUUAAUAUUGUAACUAUGUGUAAUUUUAACAUAACAGUUUUAAUCGUGAAAGUCAAAUAACAAAUAGCUCACAGGAAUGAAGCAGAAAAAUAUUAAAAUGCUAAGGUUUUUAUACAAAUCUUUGAUGAUGUAUAUAUUUGAAAAAUACCAUUUUAUCUGUUUAAAAUCACUUUACAUUUACAAUUCAACAAUCUGAGAAUUUAAAUAAAUAAUUUUUAAUAAGGAGGAAUAGGUUGAAAAUAUCUUUUUGUACCAAAUAAUGGUAUUCACAAUCAAUUUUCCAGAAAACAGAAAUGUCCUCAUUAUUUUCUAUACCUUUCUCCAAUCAUAAUAUUGUUUCUGGUUUCGAACUGUGAGCGGAUUAUUUAAGUAUGCUUGCUAUGCUCAAACACAGUUAUCGUAGUUGAAAUAUACAGAGUCCAAACACAAGGCAUUUGUUAUCCAAGACCAGACAGCGCUAUUUGAACCCGCCGUAGGUCUCAUCAGUGGUUCUGGGCUGAACUACAAAUGCAUUUCUGGGCUCAACUGUCCUUAAAGAAAGAGCAUGUGUGAGAUGACAUACAACCUUACAAAUACGCCAUCUGUAGCGCAUAGUUUAUUAUGAAUUGUUGAAUUUUUCAAAAAACAUAAUUAACUCUGUUUGAGCAAAUCCCACAAUUUAAAUGUCAUUUUAAUAAUAUCAAGUAUAAAAACUGCUCUACUAUAA